CACCUUCUUUCCACCAUGGAAUUUCAUCACUACAAGUCAUUCCCCUACUGCCUCAACAACUCAAUAACCAUCCAGUCCCACAUUCCUCCGCCCCCAAUACCCAAAAGUGAGCUCACCAGUCACGCCCGUUUGGACCUAUCUCCCACAGAGCUAUGUCUCCAGAACCCCCACUGCCCGGCUCAGACGGUAGCGACUCCAUAUCCAUCAAGUUAAUUCAGGAACUCCAAGUCGGUCACGAAAAGACAUCCCAGGUAUUCGUUGUCAGAUGCAUGAAUAGCUCCUCUUCUCCACAUAUACCAAAUGAUCAGGACAUGGUCGCCAAAUUCUACGACCCAUUAUAUGACGACUUUGAGGAAUACCCUUUCUUUGGAACGGAUUAUCAGUAUACGCAUGAAUGCGCCGCGUACAUGCAUCUCUCAGCCCUACACGGCGUUGUUAUUCCUCGGUUUUUUGGAUCCUACACUUUGAGGAUAAAUAUUGGUGAGCGUUUUCGCCUGGUACGAUUAAUUCUGAUUGAGCGAGUCGAUGGUCCAUCUAUGGAUAGCCUCAAACCCGAAACAUUCCCACGCGAAGAGCGUCAGGAGAUCAUGAAACAGAUAGUUGCCGGGGAGUCUUCAAUUUACGCCAAAGAUGUUCGCCAUCUAAACUUACGUCCACGGAAUGUCGUGGUCAAACGACAUAACUCGGGAAAACUGAGAAUAGUUAUCAUCGACCUGGGAAUGUCGGUCAUUGGAAGAUCUCGCUUCCCUUCUGACAGCAGGGAAGAAAAUCGAUAUUUUCCUGGUGUUGCAAUUAGUCCUUUACUCAGAUGGAAUGCCUUUUACGGUCAUCAGGGUUUCUUUCCUGAAUGGAUUAACUGGCCAUGGCAAGCCUGGCUUGAGGUUCAGUACAAGGACACAGAGGACACAAUUACAAGUGAACAACGGGAGAGGUAUAAGAUCUAUGACUGGAUGCUUGAUAACAAUCGACGGCCCCCACCUAUAUGAUGCUAUGUGAUUCAGUCUUAUGUCUUUCAGAAAAUCGAGGACCCUGCUUGCCGCCAACAUAGAAUUAGGUCCGUAAUUGGAUUUAUUGCUCCCUGUGCAUUGUCGAGUAGUAUUACGUGAG